UUUGCAGCGGUGAGGAUGCCAGAAAUCCGUAAAGAAGAACAAAUUAUUUGCUGUGCUUGAUUGCUAGUUAGGUAUCUAGUUCGUUGAGAAGAUGAUUGGGGAGCUACGGGAAGGAAGAUGUUGAAAUAAUAAAAACAGAACGACACCGUCAAAACAAAUUAUGGAGUUGCACUCCUGCACAUAUCUGGUCUGCAGAAAAAUGCAGACCGGACUGUUCUGUGCAUUGAGAUGGCACUGAGCAGCACAGCAUCAGGAUGAAAGAGGAGGAACUGAGUGCACCGGACUCUGGCCCCGCCGCCGAGCCAGAACCCAAGUCAGGGUUCGGCACGCAUGAGCCGGCGUGUGUCACGGCACACUGCGGCUUCGCUCCGCCCCAGACUGGUACCGCACCGGUGAAGACCGAAACCAGUGUGGCGGAUGUUAUGGAGACGGAGUGCUCGAGCAGCACAGAGCUGGAAUGUGUAGCCCGUCUGCGUCCGGACCAAAUCAAAACAGAGUCUGACCAAGGAGACUACGUGAAAGCAGAGCAGGACUUCCGUCUUGUGACCGUCGGAUUCGAUGAGGUGAAAUGUGAAUCUGAUGAAAGUUUAGCGAGCGAUUGCAUGAAUGAUGAGGUGAGCGGAGCAAGGGAUUGUAGUGAGGCUCAGACGGAGUCGUGGCGGAGUGAGGGAGAAGUCAGUCCACGCUCCAGAGGUGACGGAGGAAUCGAUAACCCCGAAAUGCUUCACUGCAGCAGUAAAACUCGGCACUGCGACGUGCAGGGAUUGGGCAGUCGGAGCAGCUUUGUGCAGAACAGUCUGGGAUUGGUGGGCGUUUACACUUUACUACAGUGUCAGAAAAUGAGUUCUGGUGACAAAACCUACGGCUGUGGCCAGUGUGGAAAGCUGUUCACCCGGGCUCUGUGCUUGAAGCAACACAAGAGCAGCCACACGACUGGAAAGCAGUUUAAGUGCGACCACUGCGGGAGGAGUUUCAAACAGCCGUCUCACCUAAACCAGCAUCGGAUCAUUCAUUCCAACGAGAAGCCGCACGAGUGUGCCCAGUGUGGGAAGUGCUUCAAUCAGGCUGCUACUUUGAAGCAGCAUCAGAGGAUUCACACCAACGAAGAGCCCUUCAGGUGCUCCCAGUGCGGCAUGGGCUUCCACCAAGCUCAGAAUUUAAAACGGCACCAGAAGAUUCACACUGGCGAGAAACCCUACAGCUGUGGCCGCUGCGGGAAGUGUUUCAAUCACGUGUCUAAUUUAAAUCAGCACCAGAGAAUUCACUCGAAUGAGAAAACGUACAACUGCACCCAGUGUGGGAAGGGGUUUAACGAGGCAUCGCGUUUAAAUCGACACCAAAGAAUUCAUUCGGGUGAAAAACCAUACAGGUGUGUCCAGUGUGGCAAAAGUUUUAAUCAGGCGUCUAAUUUAAAACAACACCAGAGGAUUCACUCAAAUGAGAAAACGUACAAAUGUAGUCAGUGUAGUAAAUGCUUUAAGCAGGCAUCAUCUUUAAAUAAACAUCAGAGACUUCAUAAGUGAAUCUGCCUUGCGCUACACGCACACAAUUAUCUAUUUGUUGCAGCACCAUUAACAGUAAAGAAGCUUUAAAAAAAUACACAAUAGAAACUUUUUUUUUUUUAAUUUUGGCACCUAAUAUCAGCUUUAAUCAAUUGAGAAUCAGAGAGUAAUUUAAUGUUAGGUUUCCCUUCAGAAUCAUAAUGGGAAAUUAUUUAUUUUAGGGGGUGGAGGAAGCCUUUUCAGAAUGCAUCACAAAGUUAUGUGGAGCUGAGUUUCAGAGAAUUUUCAGGAAGAAAAAUGUCUUAAAUUAUGAAAUUAUGUUUUGAAACAGGAAAUUUGUGGGAAAUCAGUUGUAACUGGGAACUGAUGUGGUAAAAUCCAAUAAAAAUGUAGCCUAUAUUAAAUGUGAUUUGAAAAAUUUAACUUGCAGCCAGAUUUAAGUUUUUUGCAGGCGGGAAAAUAAAUUAUAAAUGUCAUUUUCAUUGUAAACUGAAAUCCUGAACAUUCUGACUAGCUGUGAUGAUGGCAUGGGCAUCUGUUCAUAAUCUCAUCAACAUCAACAUUUGUGCAUUAAUCGUUUUAAUGUGAUAGUUUGUGUUGUUCACUUGGAUGAA